AAUACAGCGGGGUUUAUUUGAAUCAUGCGCACGUGUCUGAUACUUUUCGCUCUCUUAGGCUUUGUGGCUUUGUCCCAGAGUUCACCUAUACCAUGCAACGGCGCCGAAUGCGAAUAUGAUUACGGAUGUAACGGUGGAGGUUGCGAUUAUGGAGGAAAUGGCGGAGAUGGCGGAGAUGGCGGAGAUGGUGACGACGACUCCUAUUCUGGAUCAGAUGAUGGAGACAGCUCUGGAUCCGACUCCGACUCUGACUCUGGAUCGGACUCUGACUCUGGAUCGGACUCUGAUGAUUCAGGAUCUGAUUCUUCUGAUUCUUCAGACUCAGAUUCCAGCUCUGGAUCAGAUUCCAGCUCUGGAUCAGGAUCUGAUUCCGGAUCUAGCUCAGGAUCAGACUCCAGCUCUGACUCAGACUCAGGUGAUGACGAUGAUGAUGAGGAUUGCGACGAUGAAGAGUACUCCGGCUCAGAUUCCAGCUCUGGAUCUGGAUCAGACUCUAGCUCAGGAUCUGAUUCAGACUCUGAUGAUGAUGAUGAUGAUGAAGACUGCGAUGACGAUGACGACUCCGGUUCUAGUUCAGACUCCAGCUCAGACUCAAGCUCAGGCUCUGACUCCGACUCCGACUCCGACUCUGAUUCCGACUCUGAUUCCGACUCCGACUCUGAUUCCGACUCUGACUCCGACUCUGAUUCCGAUUCCGAUAGUGAUUGCGAUGACGAUAGUGGCAGCGGAUCUGACGGUGGUGACUCUGGCGAUGGUGACAAUGGAUCAGGAUCUGGUGACUCAGAUGGUUCGGAUGGUAGCGACUCUGACAGUGACUCAAGUAGCAGCAGUUCUAGCUCUGAUAGCGAUUCAGACAGUGGUGACGGUGACGGUGACGGUAACGGUGGAGAUUAUGGAGAUUAUGGAUGUGGAAACGGAGGUUGUGACGGAGGAAAUGGCGGUGAUGGCGGUAAUGGCGGUGACAACGGUGAAGAAGAGGAGGAUAAAUAGAUUCUCAGUUUUUAGUUCUCUUUUACAAUCAAUGAAAACUUUAAUCUGCACCAUGCCAAACUUUGUGAUCAAAUCGUCACGUUUUCGAGUCAGGGGUCUUUAGAGGCGUUUAAAGAACAGUUAUAUAAUUAUAAGAAAGCUAUGUUUUAUAUUUCAAAUAAAAAUUGUAUAUUUAAAAGCAUAUGCAAUCAUUCCAUUUAGAUAUUAAGUAAAAUUCAACAAUUUAAGUUAUGGAAAUCCGUAAAGAUCUUUUUGAAUUCAACAUUUUUGUCUUUUCUUAAUUUCGGAAUUUUUAACUUAACAUCAUUUUGCAUGCCCAAGGGACUAUGAAAACGUUAGUUAUGCAUAAUAAAUUUUUAGUUAUAAUUCAUGUUUUUGUAUUUUUGUAUUGCUCAUGUUUUUUGUUACCUCAAGUACUUGUUUUGUAAACAGAAUGCAACUCAAUAAAUUAUUGAACAAAA